AUGAAACUUUUCCACCUUUCCACUCUCACUCCAUUAGCCAUUUUUCAUUCGUUUUAUUGCCCUCUUGGGCUGUCAGAAACAAGUGUGGCUAACCCGAGGCCACGCCCAUAUCAGCCCACACACGCCCACUUUCCCCAUGAUUUCCUCGGGGCCAACCACUUGACUUAUGACUGCACGACCACCACCACCACCGAUCCAACCUCCAACUCCCUGGGUUGA